AUGUCUCUUCCUAACGGUCGCUACUAUAUCCUCUACGACGCUGACAGAGAGGCGCGCCAUGUUUUUCGCGCUCCAGCCGAGGACCUUUCACUUCUUCCCAAACGUAUAUUUGCCUUGCCCCGAGGAGUACGUGGGCAUAACUGGAAACUCGAGAAUAAGGGCGGUGGAGUUGUGGACUUAGAAGCAGAUGGAGCUCCUACCGGUGUAACUCCUCGGAGAACAGACGAUGGACCCUAUGCCUUCCUUAUAAUAGAGCUAGCGAGGACAAUAGGAUGGAAAAUAGAGAAAGCCGAGGGUGGAGAUGACCGAGGUUAUAUAAUUACAACAAACGAUGGUGAGCUUGCCUGGACUGUUACCGAUCGAGCAGCGGGUAUUCGUGGAAACGUGAUUGGACUGGAGCCAAAGGAUGGUUCCCCGCGACAAGUGUUUCUUUUUGUUAAAGAUAGUAAUAGCUAUGGUGGAUACGACGACGGCGACGGCGACGAUGACUAUUUCCCGUCGAGGGCAAUUCGUAAACCCGCACACAGGGAGAAAGAACAUGUGCCACAAUCCCGAUUUGGGUCUAAGAGAAACGGUCGUGGCCGGAACUUUUGCGAUUAA